CUGGACCCCAAGACCCUCCGUUCCUCAGUACUCACCUUCACACCGAGGCUCCAAGACCGUGGCACCAACUUCACUUGUUGGGUGAAACACCAAGGAGCACAGGCGGCCACGGAGAGAACCAUCCAGCUCAACAUCUCCUCCCUGAAGACACUAAAGAACGGCGCAUCGCUGCCUGUCCUGGAGGGCCAGUCCCUGCGCCUGGUCUGCGUGGCUGAAAGCAACCCCCCUGCCACGAUGAGCUGGUCCCGUGAAGGAAAAGCCCUGAGCCCAUCCCAGCCCUCUGCACCCGGGGUCCUGGAGCUGCCCCAGGUGGGGGCCGGAGACGGAGGGGAAUUCACCUGCCGAGCUCAGAACCCGCUGGGCUCCCAGCAUGUUUCCUUCAGCCUCUCUGUGCAGAGAAGCCCCUCUUCCUGCAGCUGUGUGACUGAGGAGCAGCAGGGCUCCUGGCCCCUGGUACUCACCCUGAUCAGAGGGGCGCUCAUGGGGGCUGGCUUCCUCCUCACCUAUGGCCUCACCUGGAUCUACUACACCAGGUGUGUAGGGCCCCAGGGCACAGGGUUGAAGGCCUGACUGAGGAUGCCUCCUUCUUAAGAGAUUGAGGAGUUGACAUGGAGCCCAGAGGGGCAGACGUGGGGACAUCACUCUCAGCACCUCCCUGGAAACUCUCGUCUCAAAUCCUGUCUCAUCUGUACUCACGGAUUUCAAUUUGUGGAGUUCGCAACCUGGAGAGGUCAAUGCCAUUGAAAGAAGAUUUUUAUUACUUCCAUUUCUGGAGAGAAGGUGGCACGUCACCCCCGGCAGCGCCACAGGGGAGGCACCUGUUUGCGUCAGGAGACAGAAGCAGGUGCAUGGAAGCCUAGGCCAGGGCGUUUCUUGGGGUUUCCCCAGGAAAGGCAAGUUAGGGCAGGGCACACGGUUUAGAAUCAGGGAGCUUGAACAAUUCUGGUGGGCUUUGCGCAACCGGGGUGGUCUCUAGUUGUCUGGUACCUGGUCCUGGGCGAUUGGGGCAGGAGAAAUAGUGUCUUGGUGUGUGGGAGUUAGACAAAGGGGUUCCUGGGGGACAUGGACUCAGGAUUGCUUGGUUUGCAUCUGAAUUGGUCUCCUGGCAGAGCCCUUUGCUGUCUCUAGGAAUUGGCUACCCCUGGGGGUAGGGGGAAGGGUAGGGCAGACUCCCACUGGCCAGCAAGCUUUCAAAGGUGUGAAAACAUCAUAAGAUACAGAAAAUAAAAACAUGAUCAUUUUGUAGACAUCCCACUGACUGCCCACUGACACACCCCAUCGGCCUGCUCCCCUCCCCAUCUCUUACCAACCCGUCCUUGUUGGUCCUGCCCACCCUGCCCCUCCCACCUACUCUCUCUCCA